GGAAGGUUCUUCUAUUUCUGACCACUUGAAUGAAUUUCAAGGGUGUUUUGAUCAGUUGUCAGACAUGGGCGUAAAGUUCGAGGAUGAGAUUUUGGGGCUUUGGUUGCUGAAUACUUUGCCUAACUCUUGGGAAAAUCUUCAUGUGUCUUUGAUUAGUUCUGCUCCCGGUGGUACAGUAACUAUGGAGUAUGUCAAAGCUGCCGUUCUGAAUGAAGAAGUGAGACGUAGAACUCAUGAGACAUCUACUUCAAAAUCUGAUGUCUUGGUUACUGAAAAUAGGGGGAGAAGUAAAAACAGAGAUUAUGGAGAAUUCAAAAAGGGCAAGAGCAGGAGAAAGUCCAGAUCAAAAUACCAAAAUGUUGAGUGCCACUAUUGUCAUAAAAAGGGGCAUUUGAUGAAAAAUUUCUUCAAGCUGAAGAACAAAGACAAGAACAAGCCAGAAGGGAAAGAUGGUGAAAAUGAUCGUCAUACCACGACUUCGGGUGAUCUGAUAGUUGUUUCUGAUAACGACUUGAUUAAUGUUGCCUCUGAUGAAUCAAGUUGGGUUAUUGAUAGUGGUGCCGCUUUCCAUGUGACGUCAAGGAAAGAUUUCUUCACAUCUUAUACUUCAGGUGAUUAUGGGGUAUUGAAGAUGGGUAAUGAUGGUCGUUCACAGGUUGUUGGCAUUGGAGUUGUGGUCCUGGAAACAAAAACUGGGAUGAAGUUAGUGUUGAAGAAUGUCAGACAUGCACCAGAUAUUCGCUUGAAUUUGAUAUCUACUAGUGUCUUGGAUGAUGAAGGUUAUAUGAGUACCUUUGGUGAUGGGCAAUGCAAACUCACUAAGGGUUCUCUUAUUGUGGCUCGUGGGAAGAAGUGUUCAGAUCGAGUAUGGUCCGGGAAAGAUGUUUCUUAUGACCAUUUGCAUGUUUUUGGGUGUAAAGCUUUUGUACAUGUGCCAAAGGAUGAGAGAUCCAAAUUAGAUGUCAAGACGAGGCAGUGCAUCUUUGUUGGCUAUGGUCAUGAUGAAUUUGGCUAUCGACUUUAUGAUCCUGUUGAGAAGAAGCUUGUCAGAAGCCGUGAUGUUAUCUUUAUGGAGGAUCAGAAUAUUGAAGAUAUUCAGAAGAUGGAGAAGUCAGAGUCUCAAAAUUAUGAUGAUCUUGUUGAUUUGAAUCCAACUCCCGUGGCUCAUACGCCUAAUGCUACCAAUGGAGAUCAGAAUGAUGAUAACAGUCAUGUUCCACAUGAUUUUGCUGAUGGUAAUGUUGAAGAAGAAUCAAAUGAGAAGCCACUGUCGCAGGAUCCCUCCAAGAAUUCAGCUUUUCUGACGCUAUCAAACAAUUCAUCUGAUGGUUCUUCUUUCUCAAUCAGGAAGUCCACACCCAGCUGUAUGAUUAAUCUUGACAUUACCAAAGCCUAUGCAACUGUGUCUUGGAGUUUUUUGGAAGAGGUUAUGAUUGCUUUGGGUUUUUCUCCCAAAUUUGUGGCUCUUGUUAUGGAGUGUGUCUCUUCUGCUUCUUCAUCCAUUCUUGUCAAUGGGGAUUUACAGGGUUUUUUAAGAGACUGUGCUGCUUUGGGGAUAACACACUUGGCCUUUGCUGAUGAUCUUAUGUUUUUCUCUCGUGGUGAUCUUCCCUCUGUGCAAGUGCUAAUGGACUGUUUGCAACACUUUACUAAUGUCUCAGGGUUGGCCUUGAAUCCUACUAAGUCCAAUAUCUUCAUUUCUGGGAAGAACAGGGACACUAGUCAGGAGCUACUGGAUUUGGUUUCUUUUCCUCGUGGUCAACUUCCUGUGAGAUAUUUGGGUCUCCCCUUGGCUUCUCAAAUAAUCUCAGAAAAUGACUUUGCACCACUCUUCAAAUUUGUGAAUGGAUUUCUGUCCAAAUGGAAGACUAUGAAGCUCUCUUAUGCUGGGAAGGUGGAACUUAUCAGGGCAGUUAUUCAAGGGGUCCAAUCCUUUUGGCUCCAAGCCUUUCCUGUCCAAAAAUAUGUACAUGAUCGUAUCACUUCUCUUUUCCGGGAGUUCCUUUGGGGUAGCAAAUUUGCCAAAGUUGCCUGGACAGAUAUUUGCAAACCCAAAGCUGUAACACCCUCCGUCCCGCGAACCCGGUUCACCACGGUCCAACGUGCCGGAGAGGUUACGUAGACGGUUUUAAGGCCGUCUAGAUGGAAAACCCCUUGCGUGGCUUGUAACGGAAAAACCCUUGACAUGCUUUAUUAAAUGAUGAGGAUGGAU